CCCCACUAUAUCAUCGACGGUGCGCCCUUGAUCGACCGGAGCAUCAUGUUAGCCGUCGAUGCUGCAAAGGACACCUUGCCGCAGUAUGCGGCUGACUAUCAAGGCCAGCAAGCACCAGAAGUCAUUGCUGGCUUCCCGGUUCUUUUCCUGCAGACCCCUCAAGAUCCCAAUACAGCUGAGGCGAGGGCUAGGGCUGCAUGGAUCGGCUACCCUUCUCAGGGGCCCUUAACUGCGACUUCUCGGAUUGGGUACAUCAAAGAGAAUGUGGCCCACGCGAUCCUCCUCGUCGACACCAAGGAUCCGCUGAUCCCAGAAUUCUUUCGACCUUGGCCACUUUCACCGACUCUGUGUACCGUGGACAACAUCAUCGGGUACCUCCUCGCUCCAGGCUUCGCCACUUCUCCGACUUCACUUCCCACCGGCGGCAUGGCGACCCUGGAUAUGGCUUUCGUCGCGGCCUGCAUGGGUGUUGCCGACGACGACAACCUGGAGUACAGCCACACUCAUGGCCGUCCGGUAGUCAAGAAGGAUUCUCGUCUCCUGGUUCGUGGACCUCAGCUCGGCAUGCCUCAGUUAUACCUGCGCUGGCUGGGUGGAGCCAUCACCGACAAGAUCAUCAAGAUUCCCAAGAGUGUUCUGAAGGGAUGCUACAGAACUAUGACCACUCGACUUGCUGAGGAAGCUCAGUCGGCUGCAGCUGCUUCAGCAGCUCAGUCUACACCUUAG